AUGGAUAAGCCCCUCUACUCUGCAAGUGCUUCAAAGGAAGACUUGCACCCCAUUACCCCCAGAGUGGGGGGAGUCGCAUCUAAUGGAAAGAACACCAGGGUGGCCUCAAGAGAAGCAGGGGUUGUUCCCACUUUCUCAGCCAGUCCCUGCGUUCUCGCCCUGUGCAAGGUGCUUCCUAUAACUCUUACCCUUUCAACAGCCCAGUGUGUUUUAUUGCCCCCAUUUCACAGGUUGGAUAACCAAGGUUCUCAGAGGUUAAAAACUCGUUCAAGAUACCAAAGCUCAGGAGUGGAUGGUUGGAUGCAAAGCAGACACGGUUAGCACCAGCCCACACUUCUAGCCCCUCAAGGCCACUUAAUUCUCUCAACGCUCUGUCAUGUGGUCUUAUUUUCCAUCCUUAACCCAGGGCAGAUGUUGUGUGUAGCUCAUGUGAGUACAGAUUGCAAACUCAGUUGUGGAAGCAUCGAAAGGCACAAGAAAGAGAAGCAUCUCAGGACGGUCAGCUCGGGCUGGUAA